AUGUCAGCAGGGGGUCAGACUACUAGGAGCCGGGAAAUACCGGCCGUCAGGAGGGUCGCCAUUCACGAUGCGGCUCACAUGCCCCAGGAUUACUCCACCACUCCGGGAGGGACCCUGUUCAGCACUACGCCCGGAGGUAAAGAUCAGUCGAAGAUGAGAAAUAUGUUGACAGGAUUUACAAGAGCGAGAGGGGCAUACAGAAACUAUACAUGACAGAAAAACCUAAAACAGAUUUAAAGGGACACUUCAACAUUUAAAGGGACACCUGAGGAUAAGCCCAGUCAAAUCAAACUUGCAUGUCAAAUCCUUUUUACACAUAAACCUUUAUUUUAUGGCACUGUGGAGACCCUGACUAUCAGAGUAAAUGUAUCCUGUCAGUUAGUUAGUUAGUUAGUUGGUUAGUUAAGAUAGUUAGUUAGUUAGUUAGUUAGUUAGUGUGUACUUAAUCUGAAAGCUGGAGGUCUUGCCCUUAGUUUCCCGUAAAUGUUUAACAGUUUGCACUUUAUGAGGCCAUAGAUUAACACUGACCAGGGUUAAGGCUAUUUUAACACUUUAAUCCCCUGCACCAAAAUAAUAAAGUGAGUAUGUAGGUGGAUUUAUUAUUUUAUCAAUAUCAGUGAAGAAAUAUUUUAUUAGUUUAGUUUUUGAUUUGUUUUUGGAGCUCUGAAGAUGGUGGACCUGUCAUACACAAUGUGAGAUCUGUGUUCAUAUUUCAUGUUCCGAUUAUGAAAAGCAGACUUCCUCAUUCAGUGCUUGGUCAAAUAUAGGUCUGUUUUCAGCGUCUAUUUAUAGUCUUCUUAUUAACAAACUGUUGUUGUACCAGUAGGUGUGAGUUGACCGGUCAUAAUAAAAGAGUAUAAACUGCAUAUUACAAAUUUAUAAUUAUAAAUGCAUCAUAUUUAUGAAUAGGGAAGCUGUUUUUACCCACUUACUACUACUUAAGCUUUUAAUAUUUUGAAAAUAUGAAAAUAACUGGACUUAGUGGUUGUGAGAAUGGUGACACUCAGCGCACAUGUCCAUUAUAACUGAUACUGUGUCCUGUAACAUCAACAGGUGGGACAGAUGUAAACAGAUAAAGCAGAACUGGGUCAGUCAAGGUGUUUUCAAAACGCUGAUAUGGAUUGAAAAUGAAAUAUAUAGGCCAUUGGUCAUGGGCAUGUAUGGACCUGCACAGACCAUCCAAUGAAGUAACACCUAGGGGAAGCCAUUCUCCCUGUCCAGACAUGAAAAAUACAACUUUUUAAAAUCAUGCAUGUGGAAAGUAACAAAUUAUAUUUUAAUGAGAAAUAUAUGUUGAUUUUAGAUUUGGUGCGAGCAACAUAUUUCAAAGAGAUUCAUCUUUUACACUGACUCUUUGGAUUGCCUUAUUUAUUCAUAGUCAUUUUACCAUCUUUAACAAAUUAACCAAACAAGUUGGGAGGAUUUCCCCUCGGUCACUCUCAACAUUUGAUAUGUUGUCUUUGCAUCGUUUUCAUUGGUUAUAGGGGUUUGCAGUAUUAAACACUGUAAAUUCUUUAACCCACAGGUACCAGAAUAAUAUACGACAGGAAGUUCCUCCUGCAGUGUCGGACAUCUCCUCUGACUCGCACACCUCCCAAGAUGCCCGACAUCCCAGGAGUCACCAGGCCUCUAAAACCAGACACUUCGAGCAACAUGAAACAGCCUGAACAGACAGCCGGCGACCACGACCUGCACACAGAGGAGAGUGCAGGUAAGAGUUUCUGUGUAAUCAAAAUGUCAUCAAAAAAAGAAGUGAUACAAUUUUCACAACUGUGACUUUUUCUUUUUUUACAGAAGAUGCCCAGUUUGAAAUGGACAUCUGA